AUGGACCAACUGGUAGAGACCGUAAAAAACUUGGGACUAGGAUACCGCAUGGGAACCUACAAAAUUAACAUCUUAUGCUAUGCGGAUGACGCCGUACUCAUUGCAGAAUCAGAAGACGACCUGCAAAGAAUGUUACACGCCUUUAGCAAACUCGCAGAAAAUUUAAAUAUGGAAAUCUCAACAAGCAAGACAAAAUGCAUGACCAUAGCUAAGGAACCUCUGUGCUGCAAGUUAACAAUAUACAACACCACUAUAGACCAAAUCAUGUAUUUCGAAUACUUAGGAUGCAAAAUAACAAGCACAGGAUUCCUUGAAGAUGAAGUGAGGAGACAAGUGAACAAAGCAGCUACAGUAUCAGUAUCUUAA